CCGGAAGUUAUUUAGGUUACACGCAUAUCAGUGGAAUAAAGUCUACAGGUGCAAAUACUGCAAAAAUUGUCUUCAAUGUUGACUAAAUUUGAAACAAAGUCGGCUCGAGUGAAAGGUUUGUCCUUUCACCCGAAGCGACCAUGGAUUUUAGCCAGUCUUCACAAUGGUGUUAUACAGCUGUGGGACUAUCGGAUGUGCACACUUAUUGACAAGUUUGAUGAGCAUGAUGGUCCUGUACGAGGAAUUUGUUUUCAUCAGCAACAGCCGUUGUUUGUAUCUGGAGGAGAUGAUUAUAAGAUUAAGGUUUGGAACCACAAACAGAGAAGGUGUCUGUUUACCCUGCUCGGUCAUCUGGACUACAUACGGACAACCUUUUUUCACCAUGAAUAUCCCUGGAUUCUAAGUUCAUCGGACGACCAGACAAUCAGGAUAUGGAACUGGCAAUCACGAAACUGUAUUUCGGUUCUGACGGGACACAGUCACUAUGUGAUGUGUGCGAUGUUCCACCAGUCAGAAGACAUGGUGGUGUCGGCCUCCCUCGACCAGACUGUCAGAGUGUGGGACAUCUCAGGUCUGAGGAAGAAGAAUGUUGCUCCAGGACCUGGAGGUCUAGAGGAUCGAAUCCGCAACCCGAACCAGACCGAUCUGUUCGGCUCGUCGGAUGCUAUAGUAAAACACGUGCUUGAGGGGCAUGACCGGGGGGUGAACUGGGCUGCCUUCCACCCCACCCUGCCACUCAUUGUGUCUGGAGCCGAUGACAGGCAGAUUAAACUCUGGAGAAUGAAUGAAUCGAAGGCGUGGGAAGUGGAUACGUGUCGUGGCCAUUACAACAACGUUUCUUGUGUUCUGUUCCACCCGCACCAGGAACUCAUUCUGAGCAACUCUGAGGACAAAAGCAUCCGAGUCUGGGACAUGAGCAAAAGAACUGGUGUUCAGACAUUCCGACGAGAACACGACCGAUUCUGGGUUAUGGGAGCUCACCCAACUCUCAAUCUGUUUGCUGCAGGCCAUGACUCUGGUAUGAUAAUUUUCAAGCUGGAGAGAGAGCGGCCAGCGUAUGCGGUCCAUCAGAACAUUCUGUACUACGUGAAGGAUCGAUACCUGCGCAAGCUGGAUUUCAACACAUCCAAGGAUGCUCCAGUUAUGCAGCUUAGAGGUGGAUCUCGGACGCCUGUGUACAGUAUGUCGUACAAUCCGGCAGAAAAUGGAGUCUUGCUGUGCACAAGACCAUCAAACAUUGAGAACAGUACCUAUGAUCUGUACGCCAUUCCCAAAUCUACGGACUCUGUGAACCCUGAUGCACCAGAAGGCAAACGAUCAGCUGGUUUAACUGCUGUAUGGGUCGCCAGGAAUCGUUUUGCUGUCCUUGACAGAAGUCAUUCGAUAAUCAUUAAGAAUCUGAAGAAUGAGAUAACGAAGAAGGUGCAGGCACCGAACUGUGAGGAUAUAUUCUACGCUGGCACGGGAUGUCUCCUCCUCAAAGACAGCGAUUCCGUGACUUUGUUUGAUGUGCAGCAGAAGAGAUCACUGGCCACUCAGAAGAUGUCUAAAGUGAAGUAUGUGGUGUGGUCCGGUGACAUGUCCCAUGUGGCUCUCAUCAGCAAACACGUGAUAUCGGUGUGUAACCGAAAGCUGGAGAACCUGUGUACAAUCCACGAAAAUAUUCGCGUGAAGAGUGGAUCUUGGGAUGAGAGUGGCGUGUUUGUGUACACCACGAGCAACCACAUCAAAUACGCGCUCACAAACGGAGACCAUGGCAUCAUUCGAACUCUGGAUCUUCCGAUCUACAUCACUAGGAUCAAGGGAAACAGUGUGUACUGUCUAGAUCGGGAGAGUCGUCCACGCGUUCUAACCAUCGACCCAACCGAGUUCAAGUUCAAACUGGCUCUUGUCAACAGAAAAUAUGAAGAGGUGUUACACAUGGUUCGUAAUGCCAAACUGGUGGGCCAGUCGAUCAUCUCGUACCUGGAGAAGAAAGGAUAUCCCGAGGUCGCGCUGCACUUUGUGAAGGACGAGAAGACACGCUUCGGGCUGGCUCUCGAAUGUGGAAACAUUGAGAUUGCUUUAGAGGCAACGCGAGCGCUAGACGACCAGUCGUGCUGGGAGAAGUUGGCCGAGGCUGCACUGUUGCAGGGAAAUCACCAGAUUGUCGAGAUGGCGUACCAGAGAACGAAGAACUUUGAGAAGUUGUCUUUCCUUUACCUGAUCACUGGAAACCUUGAGAAACUGAAGAAAAUGAUGAAAAUAGCUGAAAUCCGUAAGGACACCAGUGGACAUUUUCAGAACGCCAUGUUGUUAGGAGACAUGAACGAACAAGUGAAAAUCCUGAAGAAUUGUGGACAAAAAUCUCUGGCGUACCUGAUGGCCGCCACCCAUGGUUUGGAAGAGGAAGCCGAACAACUGAAAGAUGGUUUUGCUGAGGGCGAAAAGAUUCCAGACCUUUAUCCCGAUGCCAGAUUGAUGCAGGCACCAGUACCCAUAAUGCAGCAGGAGAGCAACUGGCCCCUGCUGACCAUUUCAAAGGGUUUCUUUGAGGGAGCUAUGGCUGCCAGAGGUGGAAAACAGACUGGUCUGGCGGCGGCUGCGGCCGACAUUGAAGAUGGAGCAGGAGAGGGCUGGGGUGAAGACGCCGAACUGGUCAUUGAUGACGAAGGAGGAUUUGGAGCAGGCGAAGGGUUUGAUGAUGAGGCUUUGGUGGGGGGUGACACGGCAGGGGGUGGCUGGGACGUUGGUGAUGAAGAUCUGGAACUACCAGCCGAUCUUGAUAUUGGGCCAACCCCUGGCACAGAAGAGGGAUAUUUUGUUCCUCCAACGAAGGGUACCAGUCAGAGUCAAGUUUGGUGCAACAACUCGCAGCUACCAGUCGAUCACAUUUUGGCAGGAUCAUUUGAGACUGCAAUGAGGCUGCUUCAUGACCAAGUGGGAGUUGCGAAUUUUGAAGAAUACAAGACUCUGUUCCUGCAGACGUUUUCUCGGGCAAGAACCAGCUACGUCGGUUUGCCAUCUCUCCCUCCAUUCUUCGGAUAUCCACACAGAAACUGGAAGGAUUCCGGCGCUCGUAAUGGUGUUCCCUCUGUGGGUCUGAAGCUGAACGCUCUGGUUCAGCAGCUACAGGUCGCCUAUCAAAUGACGACAUCGGGGAAAUUCAACGACGCCAUUGACAAAUUCCAUUUUAUUUUGUUGAGUGUUCCUCUGCUAGUCGUGGAAAAUAAACAGGAAAUAGCCGAGGCCCAGCAGUUGAUCGAAAUUUGUCGAGAAUACAUCGUUGGUUUACAGAUGGAAGCACAAAGAAAAGAACUUCCAAAAGGAAAUCUUGAAGAACAAAAGAGAGUUUGUGAAAUGGCUGCGUACUUCACUCACUGUAACCUACAGCCUGUACAUCUCAUUCUGACUCUGAGAACAGCUCUCAACCUGUUCUUCAAACUGAAGAAUUUCAAAACAGCUGCUACAUUCGCUAGACGACUCUUAGAGUUGGGACCCAAACCUGAUGUCGCGACACAGACGAGGAAAAUUUUAGCUGCUUGUGAGAAAAGCUCGACAGAUGAACAUGAACUGAAAUAUGACCAACAUAAUCCAUUUGAUAUUUGUGCUGCCACGUAUACGCCUAUAUACAGAGGUAAACCAGUCGUCAGGUGUCCAUUGAGCGGAGCAUGCUAUUUGCCAGAGUUCAAAGGUCAAAUCUGCAGGGUGACUAAGGUGACAGAAAUAGGAAAAGAUUGUAUCGGAUUGCGUAUCAGCCCCAUCCAAUUCCGAUGAUGUGGUGCAUAGAUGUGAUUGAAACAAUUCAAAGAUAUUCACUGGACAAAAUUUUAAUUUUAUAUUGUUAUCAAUAUUUUUAAACAAUUAAAGAUUACACAUACAUGUUGUGAAAGCUGAAAACAGCACAGAUAAAUAUUUCAAGAUGUUCAUAUGGAUAAUAUCACAGCAGUAACAGUUUUGGCAAGAGGACCUAGGAAAAGAGAGAUCUUUCAUUUUAUUGUUUUAUUUAAAAAAUUACAAUGGAAUGAAUAAUUAAUUCAGCUUCAUAGAUGGAUUAUAUCUCGACAGUAGUUGCAUGUACAAGAGAACAUUAUUAAAAAGUAAAAACUGCACUAAUAAAUAUUUGGGUAAUACACCCUGUACUGGAGAACUGUGUUAACGUGACUGGUUCUUUUCACUUAUCAUUAGAUGAAUAUGAUGUGAUAGAAGAUGAUGGUACCAGUCAAAUUCUUCACAACACUUGGCCUCCUGAACAUACCAAUAGAUAAUAUCCGGACAAAAACUGUAUUAAUAGUAGGACCUAGAAAAUGAGAGAGAUUUGAUUUUAUUAUUAAAAAAUUAAAUAAAUAUUAAUACUAAUACAUGUACGUGUUUCACAGAUGAACAAUACCUUGAUAACAGGUGUAUGGGCAAAAGAACUUGACAGAUUGUGUUAUUAAAACCAAAACGUGACAAAUCUAUGGUACUUUUUAGUUUGGAUAUUUAUUGUAUUGUUAGUUUAUAUAUUUAAAUAUAUCUCAUUACAUUCACACUAUGUACAAGAUACUGUUUAAUUAUAAUUAUGACUUUUUGUUGGUGUAUAUAUACAUAUGUGGUACAAAGCAAUUCACUUUUGUUGUUUGUGUUUAUUGUAUGGAAGACACAAAACUUGGUAAAACUUGAUUAUAAA